AUGAAAACCAGGCUACCUAAAAUUUUUUUGUUUUUCUUAACAGUAAUUUAUUUGACAAGUGCUGAAAGUGUUGACGACAGUUUGGUGCGUAUACUUUCUAAUGGAGCUCUUCUAAAAGGUCGAAGGGUUGUAGCUGACAACGAAGAACCUGUACAUUUUUAUCUGAGCAUACCAUAUGCUGAAGCUCCAAUAAAUGAGAAUCGCUACAAAAAUCCAAUUCCGAAGAAAAAAUGGCAAGACGUUUUAGAUGCCACAGAAUACCGGGUUUCUUGCCUCUAUGAUAGCGCUGAUGCUGAAAAAAUCAAAACUAACGAUUAUAUGAGCGAAGAUUGUUUGCACAUCAAUGUGAUAACACCGGAACGCUGUGUAAACGAGCAGAAUUGUUCCGUUGCUACGAUAAAGUCUGCAUCAAUUUCUCGUAAACUUGGUAAAAUUUUUGCAGAUCAAAUCGAGGCACUCAAUUGGGUGCAAAGGGAAAUUGGUAAUUUUGGCGGUAACAAAAAUAAGGUUACCCUUAUUGGACAAGGCGCUGGAGCUAUAAACGUCGAUCAGUUGUCCAUAUCUCCAUCAACUGACGGCUAUUUUGAUAAGAUUGUAAUUAUUGAUGGAGUUGCAAAAGUAUAUUCGAACAUUGAUAAUGGUACAAUUGUCACUAGAAUAAUAAAGCAAUUAAUAAAGGGCAAAAAUUACAAACGAAAACAGGACAUACAACAACUAGUGGAUUCACGGCGUGGAACUACUAUGCUGAUCGGAAACAUGCCAAACAUUGUUAGUAAUGCAAAAACUGCAGCCCAUUUAAAGUCGGAAGAUUCGGUGAGAGCUUGGUGUCAGAUGCUUACCAAGUAUUGUCAUUCAAAUAAUACAGCGGAGCUUGUUAACGCUUGUUUUCAAGAGUACAAAGAAGGUUUUAGAAAACCGGAACUAGUAAUGGAUGCUGUUAUUCAUUUACCUCUUUUGGAAACGGCUUACGUUAAUACAAAGAACGCAGGAAAAACUUUUUUAUUCGAUUAUACGGCUUUUUCAGAAAGUUCAGAUAGAGCACUGAACCGGGUGAUCAAUCAGGAUCCAACACAAGACGGAAUAACAUUGAACAGACAGCUGCAAAUAGCAGUCAUUGCGUUUAUUAAAAACGGUGACCCUUCUACCGAGUCUCUAGAAUGGAAAGCUUUUGAUCCAGAACAAAUGAAUUACGUAGUUCUAUCCGAUAGCACUUUACCAAGAAACGCUAAAGGAUACCACAACAAAGCAGUCAAUUUUUGGAACCUUACAGUACAACGACUAAGUCAAGAGUACAGCGAGAAACAUCCACAAAGAUCCCCGAACGGUAAAUGGAGUAUCGACGAAAUAGAAGACGUGUUCCAAGGUCUUAUUGGAGACGCUUUAGUCGGGAACCAGCAAAUAGGAAGAGCUGCCAAACUGAUUGAUCAGUGGGGUCAAAACAUGACUGAGAUUUUGAAACGUUUACACUUCGUUUUGAAGAAUUUUGACAAUGAAGUAAGAAGGAAAGUGGAAGAAGCAAAAUCUAUUGUGAAGAACAAGCUGGAGAGCGCUAAAAAAGAACUCGCCAAUCGUAGAAAGAUGUAUGAAGAGCAUUCAACACCAGUCAGUCAGCCAUUAAAGCCAAAUAAUUUUGUUACUGAAACUCCUCAAGUCGUUAUUCGAGGAACCAACAACGAUGAAUUCACCUCUGUUGAGGUUAAAAUACCUCCAAAUGCUUACGACUAUUUUGACGAAGUAAUGAAAGUCAUUGAUGAAUUCUUUGAUAACCUGAUUAGAAACACAACCAGCAACACGAAUGACAAGCAGCACUGGAAAGACGAGGACGGGGAAACCACGAAUUUCGUUCAAGAUACAGUGAAACGCUCACUUGUUAGCAGCAUCUACCCGGUCAUUGUGCCACCAAGCAGUGAACCUGAUACAGUCCACCCUACAGUGCCAACGAUAACAGUUACUAGUCAAUGGUGGGCUAGUCCUUGGUUUUGGUCGAUAUGUGGUGUCUUUCUCGUUCUUUUCACUGUUCUAGCUGCAUACACUUGUGUACUGUAUCGCAAAUACAAAAGGCGAUUUCGUUAUGAAAAUCUCUAA